AUGUCUCGCUCGGUUCGCUCGCGCGUCGUCAUCGACGGCGUCGAGACGGUGGACGAGAUCGUCGUCCAGCCAUCCGACGGUCCGGAGGGCGUCGAGCGGGCGCUGGUGGAGAGUAAAUCGCGCGCGAUGGCGACCAUCGCCGCGGCGAUGGGGAACGACGAUGCGAAGGAUCGCGAUGACGACGACGCGCGGGACGACGAGGACGACGCCGAGGGCUCGGACUAG